AUGCGCCGAAUCACCCCCCGAACCUGUCUCUGGCCCCUCGUCGGCUGCAUCUCCGCGACCUUCGCCCUCUCGAUCGGCCUCACGUAUCGCUCGAACCAUCACUGCUACGCCGGGACGUGCGGCGAAUGGCUCUUCCCACUGCAAGCGCGACUGCACGUCGUGGUGUGGUACAUGUGGAUAUCGAUAUCGAUAUUGUUUCUGGCGCUGAGGGCUUUCCGGCCGGGGGUGCAGGGGCUGGUUUCGACGACGAUAUGUCGAAAACGGCUGCGUGUUAGCGGUGUGCUCGUGGGAUUCUGGACGUUGGCGCUCUACGGCAUCUUGAUCGGCGUUUGGUGGGUGCGUCUACGGGAGUACUUUCGGGAUCGAGGUGAGGGAUUGCCGGGGAACAAUAUCAUCGCCGCCGUGGCUCAGACGGGCCACUUGGCGGAUGUGACGAUGGGGAUGGUGCUGUUGCCCGUGGCGCGACAUAGCGCUCUCGCCUCUUUCUUCAGACUGUCGCCGUCGACGACUUUUGCCUUCCAUAUGACCAUGGCGUACGUAUUAUUUGGCCUCAUCAUCACGCACGCAUCGCUCUACGCUGCUUGGGCAGCGUUGUACGAUCAGAGCCGCGACCGCUUUCGACAUGUCUUUCCCGUGCUCAACCCCACGUAUCUCUACCACGAGGUCUGGCCGGGAGAUGCUUCAGGGUUGGGCAUAUGGCGAGCGUCUCUGAUUUUCACGGGGAUUGGUGCGGGUUUGAUCAUGACGGCCAUGUUUUUCACGAGCUUCCCUUGGGUUAGGAGGAAACACUUCAACGUGUUCUACUUCACGCACCUGCUGGGUAUUGCCGCUGUUGUCGUUGUUUGUUUGCACGCCAGUACCAUGUUCUAUUGCACGAUCCCCGGCUUGUCGAUGUGGUUGCUUGAUUGGGGGAUGAGGAUCCUCGAGUUGAAUGAGAAGGUCCACAGCCAGUUGAUGUCGUUGGGUAAUGGCUGGUAUAGGCAAGCGAUGCGUUUGCAUUCGCAGGAUCUAUAA